GGUCAUUUAAUAGAACUUUGCGAAGUUUGAAAAUUGUUUCAAAUCCUUUUUUAAUUUUUUAUAUAGUUUUUAUUAUUAUAAUUCUUAAAUCAAUCGGGACAUUCGAUAAGAAAACUGAAAAAUCUGCGUAUGGGAAGAUAUAUCCAGCUGUAGAAAGUUAUGAAAAGAAGGAUUGGCACGAUUGGAAAUUUAUUGAAUACGAAGCAAGUCGAACCGGUCCCGGGGAGAAUGGCAAAGCUUUUUUUCUCACAGAUCCUGAAGAUAUAAAAAAGAACGAAAAGAUUUUCGAAGUAGAAGGAUUGAAUGGCUUGGUUAGUGAUAUGAUCCCAUUAGAUCGAAGUGUCCCAGACACCAGACCUCCGAUUUGCAAAACAAUUUGGUACUUGGAAAAACUUCCAAAAGUGACAGUCAUCGUUAUUUUUCACAACGAAUAUUUCUCGGUUUUGAUACGAACAGUUCGAUCAAUAAUCAAUCGUACACCUCCAGAACUUCUCGUGGAACUGUUGAUGGUUAAUGACGCAAGCACAAAGGAAGAACUUUAUGAACCUCUUGCGACUUAUGUAAGAGAAAACUUUGAUGAAAGAGUGAAGAUUGUCAAUCUUAAAGAAAGACAUGGAUUGAUUCGAACACGCGUAGCUGGAGCUAAACUAGCAACAGGUGAAGUUCUGGCAUUUUUCGAUUCCCACGUAGAAGCAAAUGUGAAACCAAUAGUUUUAGACCCUAAAACAUGCACAACUCCAACUUUUGAUUAUCAUAACUCUAUGGAUUUCAAAAUCAGUCCAUUCCAUAACCGAACACGUCUCGUUUUCGAUUUCACUUUGAAUUUAUUUUAUUUGCCAAGACUUCCUGAGCAUGAGCUGUAUCCUGAAAAACCAGCUCCACUACCAGCAAUGUUAGGUGCAGUGUUUGUGAUUCGAAAAGAUUACUUUUUUGAUAUUGGUGCAUAUGACGAAGGUUUAGAGAUUUGGAAUGGAGAACAUUUUGAAUUGUCUAUAAAAUUAUGGCUUUGUGGUGGCAGAUUACUAGAGGUACCUUGCUCGAGAGUCGCACACAUAUUCAGAAAGCAUUCAUUAUACCGUAAGAAGGCACCAACAGAUUUUGUCCCACACAACUUUAGACGUGUAGCUGAGGUCUGGUUUGAUGAAUAUAUUCAAUAUUUUUACCGUGCUAACCCUGAAAAACAUACGACAGUUGAUGCUGGUGACUUGACAAUACCCAAAAAAGUCAGGAAAGAUUUGAAAUGCAAACCUUUUCAGUAUUAUGUUGAACAUAUUGUCCCAGAUAUGACUGAGAAAUUCCUUAACGAAGAUCGUGGAGUGUUUGCCAGUGGUGCUAUACAAAGCGUUGCUGAUUCAAGUUUGUGUUUAGAUUACCACGGGAGACCUAAAGGAAUGACUCCUCUGUUGAAACCAUGUGACAGUAACUUGACGGACCCGAAGUUGAAUCAAAACUUUGUCUUAAAUUGGCAUCGUCAAUUGAAGAAAAAAAGUUAUUACUACAUUGGAGAUUGUAUAACAGCUGAAGGAAUGGUAAUGACAAAUUGUAAUUUUGUUCCUAAAAAUCAACUUUUUUACUACAAUUAUACAUCAAAUCAACUGAUUAAUCCAUGGAGAAACGUUUGUUUAACAGCAAAUAUAAAAUCUCUUGAAAUCAAAGAUGUGAAGUGUGAUUCAAAUGAUGUCAAUCAAAAAUGGUCAUGGGGAUUUGUUAAUAAAACUGCAAUCGACAAUUGGGACACAUACGGAGUUCAAUUUCAUAAACAAAAUGUCAAAGAUUUUGUUGAAAGAUAUAAUUAUAUUCAUUCUU